AUGACUAUACUACCACUAUUUGAUACAUCCUCGUAUCCUAAUACUUCUCAACCUUCAACAAAGAGACAAAAACCAAACGUCAAUAUGUGUCUAGACGGAUACAUGUUCAACCAAGAGUUGAGGUUUGUCCGCAAAAUAGGUGCCGGUACCUAUGGGCUCAUAUACUUGGUGGAAAACAUAUACACAAAGAAGCAAUUUGCAGCCAAGAUGGUGUUGAAACAACAACCAAUGAAACUCGGCACACAAUCGCCAGCAUCUUCAUCUUCAUCUAAGCAACUUAUACAACAACAGUUUUACCAAUACUUUCUCAACCAUGUUAUACCUAAACCUAGAAGCAUAGAUUUUGACUACAUCAAAGGUCAAGGCCACGACUGUCAAUUCUUGACUGAGAUUGCAUUGCAUUUACAAGUACAUGAUCAUCCCAAUGUUGUCACCAUACAUGAAGUAUUUGAAUUGGAAAACUUUGCCGUAGUCAUACUACUAGAUCACUUUGACCAAGGAGACUUGUUUGAAAACAUUAUCGACAUGCAAAUUUUCCAACUGAGGCGGAGUGACAGGGAGAAACAAUUGAUGAUGAAGAAUGCCAUGCUACAGUUGAUUCAGGUUGUCGACUACUGCCAUCAAAAAUCUAUCUACCACUGUGAUUUGAAACCUGAAAACAUUAUGGUCAAGUUUAACAGCAACUACAAGAGACAACCACAUUCACCAAUCAUUGAUUACAACGAAUUGCAACUAGUAUUGAUUGAUUUUGGUUUGGCACUUGAUUCAAAUCUUAUUAAUUCCAACAUGUGCAGAGGAUCUUCAUUCUAUAUGCUGCCGGAAAGAGUGACAAACUUCACCACCAGCAAACUCGUAAAAAGUCUUGUCAAUGUCAGGCAGUUUUCGACAAACGUCAAUGGUACAGUUUACUUGCCAACGUUACCAGGAGAUAUAUGGUCAUUGGGAGUCUUGUUUAUCAAUAUCACAUGCUCACGCAAUCCAUGGCCAAUUGCGUCAUUCAACGAAGGGGGUAACGAUGUGUUUGUAAACUACAUGUUGAAGAACCAAAAGGAUAUCUUGCGUUCAAUACUUCCCAUUUCAAACCAAUUCAACAAAAUCUUGGUAUCAAUAUUCCAGUUGAAUCCUAAUGAAAGAGUUGGAUUGCAUCAGUUGUAUAAAGCAGUCACUAGAUAUGACUUUUUCCAUGAUCAUGAUUAUUUCCAACCAAAGCCAGUGCAACACAAAUCCAACCCACAAUUGUACACUCCUCCAGAUUCAUUGACUUACAACUCAUAUGCAAGUGAGUUUGAAAUGGAGGUGGAAGAUGGAGAGGAAGAGGAUAUGGACGAGGAAGAGUAUGAUGAUGAUGAUGAAGAAGAAGAAGAAGAAGAAGAAGACUGGGUUGAUGCAGAAGAGUUUACUGAGGUUAAAACCGCUCAUAAUUGUCCUAUCCAACAAGCUUUUUCCCGUGUCAUGCCAAAGUUUGUCCAUCAUAAUAAUAAUACUGUCAUUUGUUGA